AUGUCUAGCUUGAUAAAUAAAAAUUUGCCAACAAAUUCAUCAACGUCAAUAUCAAAAAUUGGACAAAAAAACUUACCUCCAAUUCCAAUUAAAAAUUACAGUUAUGACUAUGAAAAUGAUGAAUAUGAUGAAAAUGAAAACCAAGACGAAGAUGAAGACUAUUACUAUAAUAAUAAUGAUAAUGAUAAUUAUAACUAUACAUAUGAAAAUGAAGAAGAUUACAACGAGAAUUAUACUUACGACGACGAUAACAAUAAUUAUGAGGAUAAUGAGCCUAACUAUUAUGAUAGUUAUAAAGAUGAUGGGGAAUUUCCAAUACAUCAAUCAACAACUAACACUUUACAAAAAAAUGAUAAAAAAUUCCCAUCAUUUCCACCUUCGCCACCUUCAGAUGAAGAUUCCUUUAUUAAUAGUUAUAAUAAUAAUAAAUUCAACGAUAAUUACAAUAAUAGCUACGAUAAUAAUUAUAACGGUAAUGAUAUUAAAAAUUCACAAAUCUCACCAGAAUUACCAGGAUUGCCAGAAUUGUCAUCAUCACCUCCAAUAUCUCAUCAACUUCCACAAGAAUAUUUUCCAGAAAAUGACAAUGAAUUAGAUGAUGAUCAACAAUCAAAUAUAUACACUACACCUGAACUUACAAUAGAUGAUUUGUAUCAUUUAAUGAUAAAUAUGCGAAAAGGGUUUCAAUUACAAGUUAAAGGAUUAAACAAACAGAAGAGAAUCGGUGUUAUGGGAAGAGAGAAAAAAUCAACGGUGAAUAAAAAAAAAGGUGAUGAUGCUACCACUGCUAGUAGUGUUAGAAGUACUACUAGGGAAAUGGAAAGGUUUGGUGGUGAAGGAAGAUGGUUCCACAAUGAAUAA